GGAACGUGCGCAGAAGACCGCGCUCUCGUGCCGGAGGUCUCGCCUGUACAAGUGUCAGUACAGAGGGUGACUUGAGCUCUGGAAAGCUUCUACUUGGGUGUUUAACAAGAGAGGGGGGGUUUAAAAAAAAAGAAAGAAAAAGGAAUAAAAAAGAAAAAGAUUAUUUUCUUUUUAUCUCCAGUAUCGGGUCGAAGUGAUGUGGUCUUGGCUCCUGAGCUCUGGAUGAUAAUGGGAUCAUUUUCCUUCGAAGCCAUCAGAUGUUUCCAGUGGUGGAUUCCCCCUGUUUUGGAAUGUGUUUGAUGCGCAUUAACCUUUUUUUUUUCGACAUUUCCUCCUCUGGGCUUGCCUACACACUCUGCUUCAUGCUUUUUUUUCCUGCCACUGGAAUAUGUGCACAUUUGACCGUUUGAUUCCGCGACCUGUUUAGUAAUCAAAAGGCUAGAAUGAUGAAAAUCUUUUGAGAUGAAAAACAGCACUUUUGGGGAUCAUUUUUUGCUUGUGCGCGGCUCGUGCCUGAUCUCGCGCCUCAGCAGCCUGUUGUCUGUGCCCGUGGAGAAACGCACAACUUUACCACGAGCUGGGGCUGGAGCUGGAGCUGGCGCUGGAGCUGUAGCUGGAGCUACAGCUGGUCUGAGCGGCGCACCAGGGCCACACGUGGGGUGCCAGGAGGGGGACCGACGGAGCGGCCCCGGUGUUCGGCCGGUCUGUGGUUGGACGGGGCAUUCGGUGCAGCUGUGGAGCGGGGAUGAUGAAGACGGUGGUGAUGAUGAUGAUGAAUGGCCCUGCGUCUCGAGCGGGCACCGGGGUUUCGCCACCAUUAUGUUUACUACUGUGCGCUCUCGUCUUUCUCCCGCCGUGCGCUCACUCGCACCCGCAGCCGUGCCAGGUGCUGAAACGGAUCGGCCACACGGUUCGGGUCGGGGCUCUGCACGUUCAGCCUCGCUUGUUUUCCGCCACUGCUGGCAGCGGUUCUGAGGACUGGGAAGCCGAGGGAGGCUUGACGGGGAGCGCAGAGCGGCGGCUGAAGUUGGAAAAGCAGGUUAAAACAAGUGCCAGUGCGCCUGGAUACGGCAGCCUCAGGACUAGAGGCACCGUUAACAGCCAAAGGGGAGCGAACAGGAGUAAGAGCCAGGCACGGCAGCGGGAGGAGAACAUCUCCAGGGAGAACCGGGUGUUCGCACCCCGAGACUCGGUCCUGCUCGCCGUCGAGUCUCUGAACCGGGCCGGAUUACUGCCCUAUAAUUUGUCCCUGGAGCUGGUCAUGGCCGUGGGGUCCGGACUCGGAGAGCUGCCCGCGUUCUCCUUCUCCUCGGCGGGUAGCCCCGAGAAUGAGGACCCGCUGUCCUUCGUGGAGAGCGUGUGUCACACUGUGGUUGUACAGGGGGUAUCCGCCAUGAUCGCCUUCCCACGGAACCGGGACCAGUUCGUCAAGUUGGAGUUCGUCUCGCUGGCGCUUCAGGUGCCAGUCGUCAGCGUUGUGCAGAGGGAGUUCACGCGCCAAAGUGAGAAUCCUCUCCAUUUCCAAGUGGCGAUGCGGAGCGUGGAGGCCCCACCGUCCCGUCUGCUCUACUCCCUGCUGAUGAUGAACGGCUGGUGGGACAUCAGCGUUCUCCUCUGCCAGGAAUGGGACAUUAGCGAUUUCCUCUCACUCAUCAAAAACAACACCCGCUUCCACCUGGGCACUCUUGUCAACCUGACAACUAACGCCUCAACCUUAUCAUCGUCUUCAUCUUCGCCAUCAUCCUCAGGACUGGCAACGGGAGCGGACGCUUCAUCGUCAUUGCCGUCUUUACCCUAUUUUUCCUCCGCUGCCUCGGCCCCCGCUUCCUCAUCCGCUUCCUCCUCAAAAUCGGACCAGCAGCAAGCUCUCAUGCGGCAGCUGGAGGCCCUGAGAGAACCUUCAUCCACAACGGGGGUGGUGACAUUUGGGUGCGAUAUCCGGGAGGUGCGGCGUCUGUGGACGCUCGCCACUCGGAUGACGCUCCCAGACUUUCACUGGAUCUUGGGGGACAGCCAGAAUGUGGCAGAGCUGAGAACAGAGGGGCUGCCGCUGGGGCUUCUGGCCCACGGGGUCAUGGGGUCCCCUUCCCUGGAUCACUACGUCCACGACUCACUGGCGCUGGUGGCGAGGGCGGUGGGCAGUGCAGCCCAGGAGAAUCCCGCCCUGGCGCUCAUACCUGGGACUACUAACUGUAUGGAUGUACAACAGAGCAACGGCAGCUCAGGGCAAUACUUGGCAAGAUUCCUAUCCAACACGUCAUUCGAGGGCCAGAGCGGCUUUAUAUCCAGAGACAGUCACAGCCAGAAUGUCAUCUCAGAGGCCCAUCACUACAUCUGGUCCCUCCAGCUGGACCCCCUCGGCCAGCCAACCUGGACCCGCCUGGGACGCUGGCGCAGGGGGAGAGUUCUGAUGGACCAGAGGGCCUGGCCAAGCCAUGCGGGUUCGGGAGGUGGAGGUGAUUGGCGCCGACCCACGAGGCUGCACAUGCGGGUGGUGACGCUGGUGGAGCACCCGUUUGUGUUUACCCGCGAGGUGGACGGGGACGGACUGUGUCCCGCAGGCCAACUGUGCCUCGACCCGCUCACCAACGAAUCUUCGGUUUUGGAAGGACUUUUCCAAAACCUCGCGGGACCCAACGGAUCUGUUUCCACUGACCUGAAGAAGUGCUGUUAUGGAUACUGCAUUGACCUGCUGGAGAAGCUGGGCGAGGACAUGGGCUUCACUUACGACCUCUACAUUGUCGGCGAUGGGAAGUAUGGCGGGUUUAAGAACGGUCGCUGGACGGGAUUGGUGGGUGAUCUGCUCAGUGGCGCUGCCCACCUGGCAGUGACUUCAUUUAGCAUUAAUUCAGCCAGAAGCCAAGUCAUUGACUUCACCUCACCCUUCUUCUCCACCAGCCUUGGAAUUCUGGUUCGUACUCGCGACACAGCUGCACCCAUCGGGGCCUUCAUGUGGCCUCUCCACUGGUCCAUGUGGCUCGGCAUCUUCGUCUCCCUCCAUGUCACCGCCGUCUUCCUCACCCUGUACGAGUGGCACAGCCCGUUUGGUAUGACGCCGCGUGGACGCAACCGAGACCGGGUGUUCUCCUUCUCCUCUGCGCUCAACGUGUGCUACGCUAUUCUCUUUGGGAGGACGGUGGCCAUCAAGCCGCCAAAGUGCUGGACGGGACGCCUGCUGAUGAAUCUCUGGGCCAUCUUCUGUCUGUUCUGUCUGUCCACCUACACAGCGAACCUGGCUGCUGUCAUGGUCGGGGAGAAGACCUACGAACAACUGUCAGGGAUACAUGACCCAAAGUUGCACCAUCCCUCUCAGGGAUUCCGCUUCGCCACAGUGAGAGAAAGCAGCGCAGAGGACUACGUCAAGAAGAGUUUCCCUGAGAUGCACGAGUAUAUGAGAAGAUACAACGUCCCGGCAACACCAGAUGGAAUACACAAUCUCAAGGCUGACCCUCAGAAACUGGACGCAUUCAUCAUGGACAAAGCUCUGCUGGACUACGAGGUCUCCAUAGAUGCAGACUGUAAAACACUAACAGUUGGAAAACCCUUCGCUAUAGAAGGCUACGGCAUCGGCCUCCCUCAGAACUCUCCUCUCACCUCCAACUUCUCUGAGCUUGUUAGUCAGUACAAGUCAGACGGCUUCAUGGACAUGCUGCAUGACAAAUGGUACAAGGUUGUGCCCUGCGGGAAGCGGAGCUUCGCUGUGACUGAGACGCUGCAGAUGGGCAUAAAGCACUUCUCCGGUCUGUUUGUGAUGCUGUGUGUGGGCGUGGCCUUAUCUCUACUGACCACCAUAGCGGAACACAUUGUGUACAAGCUGGUGAUCCCGAGGGUCAAGGAGCCACGCUUCAAAUACUGGCUGCACACGAGCCAGAGAUUACACCGGGCCCUCAACUCGGUCUUCACCGAUGACAAACUACCAACUGUUACCAAGCCAGAGAAGAGGUGCAAUGAGGGAAACAACCAGUCAGCAUCUUGGAAUCCAGCAGAGUCCUCCCACUGCAACAGGCGUAGGGUCCUUCCACAAGACAUGCAGAAUGACCUGGAACGCCCAUCCUCCCAGGAUCUUCCUCCUCCACCUCCCCCUUCUCCCCUGCCCCACCCCCACUCUCUUCCCCUCCUGGAGAAACACCUGCCCAUAGUGACCACCUCCAAUGGUCGCUCCGACCUGUUAGGGCGAGCAUUGAGCCACGGACUGGGGCCAGGGCAGGGGGGCUCCCUACAGGGCCUAACACAGUCCCGGGGUUUGGGUGUGGGCGACUGCGGCCCCGGCCUUGGCGUGGGCCGGAACCCCCUGGUCCAGGAGCUGUCAGAACUGGAGGGCCAAAUCCUCGUAAUCAAGCAGCAGCUGCAGUCAGCCAUGAGGAGGAAGAGAGAGCUAGAACAGUACCAAUCAGAAAACCAGCAAGCAAACCAGACUGCACCCAGUCAGCCCUCUACUCUCCAGUCUAACCAGUUUGCUCAGUAUACCCAAACCCACCAGCAGACUAACCAACACACAAACACACUCCCAGAGUUCUGAAGCUUUUCGUCUCUGUUUUGCCCAGAGGAAAACCUGGUGAGACCCGGGAGGGACGAGUUUCCAAAACCUCCUGCAGGUUCUGGAAAAGGGUCCUCUCCUGAGUUCUGGAGCAGGAACCUUCACAUUUCUGGAAGCUGAAUCCUCCCUUAGGCUCAGGAGUUCCCCUAAACACCAGACUGAAACUUUCUCCACUGGUCAGAUCCUGUUCUGUAACUUCAGAGGGACAUUUCCUGACUUCUGGAACGUGUGAUUUGAUUAGACGAGAGGCACUGGACAAAGGCGAACCAGGGAUCCUGAACCAAAUCUGUUCUCACUAGCUUGUUGCUGUCACUGAAGAGCUGUGCAAUCCCCUCUUCUUCUUAACGCCCCCCCACCCCCCUAUUUUUCUUCACCUCCUUUUCAACCUUUUUCUGAUCCCUCCAUUUUUUUUCCUAUUAUUUCCAUUCCGUCUCCUCUCUACUUUUGUCCCUCUCCUCCCUUCCCCCUAAGCCUUGUCUCUUCAAGGGUACAGAUUUGCUUGCCAUGACGAUAAGCUUGAUCAUAGAUAUGACGACUCUUUGGUAUUUAAGCUUAAUGGGCUAAUUCACCUGAGUCUUGCGUUGAGAUUCAUUGAGAGUGUAAAAUGACCUGAGGUUGAACCCAGCCAGUUAAUUCUUUAUGUCCCCGUGUCUUGCUGAAACCUUGUAUCUUUGAUGGGGUAAGAGAAGAAACACAACUGUGACUGGUUGAUUUUGCCAUUGAUGCCAAAUGUUUCUGGCCUUUCACAGCACGUUCAAUUGAUCUAUGGGGCAUUUUUCUCUGGUUAGUCUUUUCAGGGUUGUUGGGGCUGUUGUUAUAUAAAGAUAUAAAGUUAUGGCAAGACACCUCUACAUUCAUCAAGGAUGGAUUCUAGGACUAUACAAAAUCUUAUUUAUGGAUCACUGUAUAAUGUUGUCCUGCACUUCACUGAUGCACUUCUAGUUUCUUAAGGAAAGCUGCACAUACAAGUCAUCAUUUAACUUGUCAGAGUUUGAGUUACGGUCUAGAAGCUUUUUUUUUUUUUCUUUUUCAUAAUGGCUUCAUGGUUAUAAGAGGUAAUACGAUAAACAUUUUGUAGUCAGGGACUCAAAACAAAACCCUUUUUUUGCCCAGCCUCUUUAGAUCAUAGCGGUGCUCUUGUAAUAUUGUGACACAACAAACACAGGAUUACCAGAGCAGUUUGUUUUUUUUUGUUUUUUUUAAAGAGGCAAAUGUAUAAAAACAUCAACAUGAACAUACUGUAGACCACUCGCUGAACUCUGACAUGUUAUUUAAUUAUGAUGAACAAUUCACAAAUGGACACACUGAAACAGUCCCUCUGUGAUGAGACCUGUUUUCUUGCAUCUUUUCUGUUUGGGUUUGGAUGUGUUCUGUUAUUAAAAAUUACCUCUCUUCUUUGCA